AUGAAAUUCUGGCAGGCUCUUUUACCCUCUAUUACAGUGUUCACCGCGGUUGUGAAUGCGGUAGUUGGACCAGGGGUCGUCACGGGCAACACCGUGGUCCAUGAUCCAACCAUGUGCAAGGACAGCAGCGGGAAGUGGUUUGUCUUCUCGACCGCGCCUGGCCUCGAAAUCAGGACCUCCACCGACAGAACCGCCUGGACUUUAGUUGGGAAGGUGUGGCCUAACGGUGCUCCGUGGACCGAUACAUACACUCUGACUUCCAACGGGAAUCUUUGGGCUCCAGGCAAACUGUACCGUGAUCGGAAGUACCUUCUAUCUAUACUACGCGGCUUCAAGCUUCGUCUGCAAUUUUCUUCGCUAAAUCCUCCACCGGGUUACCUGGAAGCUGGACAAACGAAGGUUUGGUUACCGAGACAUUCCCGGGGGAUAGUUACAACUGGCUUGAAGCUGAAUAUUUUUUUAUAUGACUCUAGCCUGAUCAUCGACGGCAGUAACUGGUAUCUGGCUCUAGGGAGUUUCUGGACUGGGAUCAAAUUGGUGAAAUUGAGUUCGUCGACGGGCAAACCAUCUAGCAGCUCUGUCACAGCCCUUGCACAACGUUUCACUGCCUCUGGUGCCAUUGAGGCGGCGUCCGUAUUCAAAUCCGGGAGCUUCUGGUAUCUGUUUACUUCCUGGGACAAGUGUUGUUCGGGUACUUCCAGUACCUACAAUAUCCGUGUCGGUAGAUCUUCGAGCCCUACUGGCCCGUACGUUGAUCAGGCAGGUGUCGCCUUGACCUCAGGUGGAGGCACCUUGGUAUUGGGCACCCACGACAACAUUAUUGGUCCUGGUGGUCAAGAUGUCAUGGCUGACGGCGAUGGCCCUAUCCUCGUAUACCACUACUACACUUCUUCGGGCAACUUCCUCGGGAUCAACAGACUGGAUUUCUCCAGCGGAUGGCCGGUCGUCGUCUAG